AUCAUCAUCAUCGACAACACAGUCACGUUUGUUUGUCUGUUUGUUUUGAUGCAUCUCGUCUGAUCUGGAUCAGCUGGUCGUGCUUGCUGAAGCCGCGGGGUCGGCUGCCGCUCAUCGCUCUCCCGCCCGCCGGAGCUCCAGCUCACUGCUUGACAGUGCGGUGUUGUUGACACAUUGUUGUUCAGGAGGAACAUAUUAUGGCUGACGGUGCUCCAGAGGCUCCAGAGGCUCAGGCCGAUGCCGACGACCCGCCCAGAGUCAACUUCCCUCCGCUCAUCACUGUCUCUGAUCUGCCCAGUGCCACCGCUGCAGGCCGUAACCUGAAGGAAUGGCUUCAGGAGCAGUUCUGUGACAAACCCCUGGAGCAGGAUGACAUGCGGCUCCACAACGCUGCCUAUGUCGGAGAUUUGGACACACUGAGGAACCUGCUGCAAGAAGACAGCUUCAGACAGCGGAUCAAUGAGAAGUCAGUGUGGUGUUGCGGCUGCCUGCCCUGCACCCCUCUGCGGAUCGCCUCCACAGCGGGACACGCGGCCUGCGUGGCCUAUCUGAUCGCCCAGGGAGCCGACGUGGACCUUGUUGACGUCAAGGGCCAAACAGCCCUGUAUGUGGCCGUGGUCAACGGUCACCUGGAAUGUGUCCGCAUCCUCCUCGAAGCCGGAGCGGAUCCCAACGGGAGUCGACACCACCGCAGCACCCCUCUGUACCACGCUGCGCGGGUGGGAAGGCUGGACAUUCUGCAGGAGCUCAUCAGGUUUCAUGCAGAUGUAGAUAUGGACCACCAGCUUGGUCCCCGGCUCCUCUUAAGUGCCCGCACGCUCAACACAUUGGUGGUGUGUCCUCUCUACAUCAGUGCUGCCUACCACCACCUUCACUGUUUCCAGCUGCUCCUCCAGGCCGGCGCACAGCCUGACUUCAACUACACCGGGCCUGUCUGCCACGAGGCUCUGACCCGUGGUCUGGCAUCCUGCCUGCUGGAUGCUGUGCUGCGUCAUGGGUGUGAGGUGGCCUUUGUCCACCUGCUGCUGGACCAUGGGGCCAACCCGGCUCUUGUGCCCUGGGAUGAGUCAAAUCUCGAGGCAACUAACCGUAGGAAGGUGGAUCCUGAGGCCCUUGAGGUUUUCCUGGAGGCCAGGAGUGAGUGGAAAUGAUGUAUCGG